GCAUUUCUUCACCGGAUCCGCCAGAAUGCUGUGGACAAAGCCGAGAAGUACAUAACAGAGGAGAAUGUUAAGAUCUUGUUUUCUAACAUCGAAGACAUUCUUGGUGUUCACAAGGAGUUCCUGGCUGCUCUGGAAUUUUGUUUACAACCAGAACCUCAGUCUCAGCAUGAACUAGGAAAUGUUUUCUUAAAAUUUAAAGACAAAUUCUUCGUGUACGAGGAGUACUGUAGCAACCACGAGAAAGCACUCAGACUGCUGAUGGAAUUGAACAAGAUCCCAACAGUGAGAACAUUCCUCCUGGGUUGCAUGCUUUUGGGAGGCAGAAAGACGACAGACAUUCCACUAGAGGGUUAUCUGCUGACUCCAAUUCAGAGGAUUUGCAAAUAUCCACUUCUACUUAAGGAAUUAGCUAAGAGGACUCCCUCUAAGCAUCCUGAUCACCCAGCUGUCCAGAACGCACUGCAGGCAAUGAAGACAGUCUGCACCAAUAUCAACGAGACCAAGAGACAGAUGGAGAAACUGGAAGCCCUUGAACAGUUGCAGUCCCACAUUGAAGGAUGGGAGGGGUCAAAUCUGACAGACAUCUGCACACAGCUUUUGCUCCAAGGGACUUUGUUAAAAAUCUCAGCAAUGUUCUUUCUGUUUGAUAAUCUACUGGUCUAUUGCAAAAGGAAAUCCAGGGUUACUGGGAAAAAAGCAUCUAAACGGACAAAGUCAAUCAACGGGUCCCUGUAUAUCUUCAGGGGCCGAAUAAAUACAGAAGUCAUGGAGGUGGAGAACGUGGAAGAUGGAACAGCAGAUUACCACAGCAACGGCUACACUGUGACAAAUGGCUGGAAGAUACACAACACAGCCAAAAACAAGUGGUUUGUGUGUAUGGCCAAGACUGCAGAGGACAAACAGAAAUGGUUGGAUGCUAUAAUCAAGGAAAGGGAGCAGAGAGAGAGUUUGAAACUGGGAAUGGAGAGGGACGCAUAUGUCAUGAUUGCAGAAAAAGGAGAGAAGCUGUACCAAAUGAUGAUGAGCAAGAAAGUGAACCUUAUCAAAGACAGGAGGAGAAAAUUAAGUACUGUUCCCAAGUGCUUUCUUGGCAAUGAGUUUGUAUCAUGGCUCACAGAGAUUGGAGAGAUAAGCAAACCAGAGGAAGGAGUCAACUUGGGACAGGCACUGUUGGAAAAUGGAAUUAUUCAUCAUGUUUCAGAUAAGCACCAGUUUAAGAAUGAGCAGGUGAUGUACAGAUUUCGUUACGAUGAUGGAACGUACAAGCCAAGAAGUGAGUUGGAAGACAUCAUGUCCAAGGGUGUGAGGCUCUACUGCCGACUACACUGCCUAUAUACUCCAGUGGUAAAAGACCGUGACUACCAUCUGAAGACCUACAAAUCAGUAAUCCCUGCAAGUAAACUAGUGGAUUGGCUUAUUGCACAGGGAGACUGUCAGACUCGGGAGGAAGCUGUCGCACUGGGUGUUGGACUCUGCAAUAACGGCUUCAUGCAUCAUGUCCUGGAGAAAAGUGAAUUUAAGGAUGAAUCCUUGUAUUUCCGCUUUUAUGCUGAUGAGGAGAUGGAAGGCACCAGUUCCAAGAGCAAACAAUUACGUAAUGACUUCAAACUCGUGGAAAACAUCAAACUUCUGAUUUUACCAGAAGAGGAUGAUUAUGGAUUUGACAUGGAAGAAAAGAACAAAGCAAUCGUGGUGAAGUCAGUUCGACGAGGGUCUUCUGCAGAGAUGGCUGGCCUGCAGAUGGGAAGAAAAAUAUAUUCCAUCAAUGAGGACUUAAUAUUCCUACGUCCUUUUUCAGAAGUGGAAGCCAUCUUAAACCAGUCCUUCUGCUCACGAAGGCCACUUAGGCUUCUGGUAGCCACCAAAUCGAAGGAGCUUAUUAAAAUCCCAGACUGUCCUGAAGCACUUUGCUUUCAGAUACGGGGAGCAGCACCACCGUAUGUUCAUGCAGUAGGAAGAGGUUCUGAGGCUGCAGCUGUAGGCCUUCAUCCAGGGCAGUGUAUUUUGAAAGUUAAUGGGAAUAAUGCAAUGCAUGGAAAUUAUGUGGAAGUUCUGGAGCAUUUUACAGCCUACAGGACGAGACAACAGGAAGCACUGGGGUUGUACCAGUGGGUGUACAGAACGCAUGAAGAUGCUGAGGAGGACCGAGUGCAGCAAGCAGCAUCCACUGCCUAUCUGAACGGCAGUCAUCCUGGCUCCAGCAAGGAUGGCUCUUCACUGCAAGGAGAUGCAGAAUUGGAUCCCCUUCAGAACAGCCAACAGGAAUCAGCCCAGACACCACAGGCCGUUGGUUCUGCACUGUCCGUUGGAGAGGAAACACCUCUCGUCAGCCUGACUGUGGAUAACACCCACCUGGAGCACGGCGUGGUGUACGAAUACGUCAGCAGUGCAGGAAUCAAAUCCUUUGUCCUGGAGAAAAUUGUGGAACCAAAAGGUUGCUUCAAUCUCACUGCAAAGAUUUUAGAGGCCUUUGCUGCAGAGGACAAUCACUUCGUUAGGAAUUGCAAGAGACUGAUAUCCCUAAGCAGUGCUGUGGCCACCAUGCCCCAGUAUGAAUUCCGGCAGAUCUGUGACACUAAGCUGGAAAGCAUUAGCAGACGGCUCGCCAACUACCAAGAGUUUGCAGAUGAACUGAAAACAAAGGUGAACCCAGCCUUCAAACAAGCCAUCAUGGAACCACAUUCCCUCAACAGCAUGGAUUUCUGCCCCACCAACUGCCAUGUCAACCUCAUGGAGGUGUCAUACCCCAAAAACACUACCUCAGCAGGGAGGUCGUUCAGCAUUCGCAUUGGACGGAAACCCUCUAUUAUUGGCCUUGAUCCAGAACAAGGUACCUUAAAUCCCAUCUCGUACACCCAACAUUGCAUCACCACUAUGGCUGCACCAUCCUGGAGGUGUCUGACCCCAGAGGAUGGAGAUCUCGAUGGAAGCUUCGGCCAGCAGAAUGGAGGAACAGUUCAGGAAGAAAGGGGACUCAGCUUUCUGCUGAAACAGGAAGAUCGGGAGAUACAGGACUCGUACUUGCACCUUUUUAACAAACUUGACGUUGCCGUGAAGGAGAUGAAGCAGUAUGUCAUUCAGAUAAACAAACUUUUGUCCACCAUAACAGAACCUACAGAAGGUGGUGCCUGUGAGCCACCAUCUACUGAGGAGACACCUCCACCUUCCCUGGGGACAGAAGAGGGUGAUGCUGACAAAGCUGAGCACGGUGGCAUCAAGAAGGUCUGUUUCAAAGUUUCUGAGGAGGACCAGGAAGACUCUGGACAUGACACAAUGAGUUUCAGAGACUCCUACAGUGAAUGUAACAGUAACCGGGACUCAGUGCUGUCCUACACCAGCGUACGGAGCAACAGCUCCUACUUGGGCAGCGAUGAGAUGGGAUCAGGAGAUGAGCUUCCCAACGAUAUGAGGAUUCCUUUAGACAAACAAGACAAACUUCAUGGCUGUCUGGAACAUCUUUUUAACCAGGUUGAUGCAAUCAAUGCACUUCUAAAAGGACCAGUGAUAACCAAGGCCUUUGAAGAAACCAAGCACUUUCCAAUGGACCACAGUUUGCAAGAAUUUAAACAGAAGGAAGAAACCACAGUUAGGUGCCGGAAUAAUAUUCAAGCCAGCAUUCAAGAAGAUCCAUGGAACCUUCCACUGCGCAUCAAGAACCUUGUUGAAAUCAUACAAAAACAUGUGGAAGAUGGGAAGAAUCAGCUGCUUUUGGCCUUACUAAAAUGCACAG